GAUGAAUAAUAACAAUAGGAAACUUUAGUCUUAGAAAGAGGUUAGAGCAAAAGUAGAUUCUGGGCUUAAUCGUAAAAACGAUGCACUACAAAAACGAGUUUAAUCUGCAAUAUAGUAGGUAUAGUAUUUUAUUAAUUUAGGUUGAUAAAUUAGUUGAUUCGAAUGGAACAUUGACAGAUCAAUUAAAUAAUAUAGUUUAAGAUUAUCUUAUGAGAAGCAAUUGCUUAAAAACAUUAGAGUAAUUUAGAAUAGAAUCUUAAUUUGCAACAGAAUAAAGUAAUGAAACAGAAAAUAUAAUUUUGGGUCACUUUGAUAGAGGUGAAAGAGAGAAGUUUCUGGAAUCAUGGAGUCGAUACAUCCCAAUUCAAUAGAGACAAGAUCAUGAAUCUUGGAAGCUAGAAUUUUUUGUUUAAAUUUUUUUCCUUAUAUACCCGAUUCACCCUGUCUUUAAGAAGAAGGGUGUGAUGGAUAAAAACUCGAUUAAUCAAUUUAAGCAAUAUCUCGAUAGUAAAGGGGGUGAUUUAUCAAAGACAAAUGAAGCGUUACCUUUUUAUGCCUUACCUUAUGUCAAAAAUCCUGAAAUACAUCCAAGUUUUCAGCAUCUAUUUACUCACGAAUGGAUUGCUGAGUUGAGAUUCAGAUUGAAAGAAUUCAUCCAAUCCAUUUAUGGCUAAGAUCAAAAUGGGAGCAUUUUAAAAAGAUUAUUUUUGUCAAAGGAAGGAUCAUAAAAUAUCUAGUAGUAAGAAUUCUAAAAAAAGAUUGCAGACAACAUUAGGCAGCUGCAAUUGGAGAAUAAUGAAUUGAAGAGAAAAAAUAUUUAGCAAGCUUAAGCUCUAUAGGAUAUUAAUUAAACUGCAUAAUAAAAUCUAUUAGAAGCCUAGAAAAAAUGGUUUUAAUUUACAGGGGAGAUGUUGAAGAUGGAAAAGGACAUGAUCAAAUAUAUAGAAAAUAGCAAGAAGAAUCCAGAUUAAUUAUAACAAUUUAAAAAGAAAAUUGGUUAAUGUGAUAGAUUCUUAAGUCAGAACUUAGAUGAACUAAUAAAUAAAUCAUAGGAUAUCUCCUUGUUUGAUAGAAUCACUUAACCUGACCAUGAUCUAUCAGAUCUCACUAAUUAAUAAUGUAUUUUAUAAUUUAAAUUAUAGAAAUGAUGCCAAUCCAGUAAUCAAUUGAAGAAUACAUCCCAUUGAAUUAUGAGAAGAUCAUAUAGUUAUUUACAAAGAAUAAUAAUCCAGUUCUUGUUGCAACAGUUCUAUAGGCUUUGAGAUGGAGAAUCACAAGGGCCAGGAGUGCAUUGGAAAGAAGAUCAGUAGUGGUUGCAUAUUAAACACAUGAUCUAAUUGGGACUCAUUAAAGAAACAUUGCUUUGGCUUAAUAUUUGAUGAUGAAAUCUCCUUAAGUAAUUUAAUGCUAGACUUUGAAAUUGAUGAAUGCAUUGGCCUCUGAUUAUGAUGGUAGAACAUAUUUGACAGGUAAUUCAUAAUUAAUAAAACUGUUGAUUGAAUUGAUUAAGAAAGACUAAACUGAUUCAAUCAAAAGAAAGAAUGCAAUUGGCACUUUAUAAAAAUUGUCUUUGAGAAGACAAAGCCAAAUUUGGAUGCUUGACAAUGACAUUAUCUAGGUUGCCUUAAACAUUCUAAAGAGAGUAAUAAUUCAUUAUUAAAGUGUAGGAGAAAUUUAAUUUAAGCGAAUACACCUAUGAAUAUAUCACAGCUUUGAUAAUGAAUUUAUCAUUGAGUUCAAGAGGUCGAGAUGCUCUAUCUAUUCACAAAGAAUUAGCAUUUGAAGUUCUAUUCGAACUAAUUGAAUAUCCUAAUGAUUAGAUCAGAACAUUCACCAAUGGGACAUUCUAUUCCAUGUUUAGUAGAAGAGAUCUAAGAGAAUAUGCUUAUUAAUUAAAUAUACCUCAAGAACUACCUAAACUACUGUCCAUCAGUGAUGAAAGAUUCAAGAAAUAAAUUCAAUAUAUGAUAGAAUAGUUAGAAAAUGAUGAUGAUGACUAUGAUCAAUCUUAAUUGGAGGAAGAUAAUGAUGUGGAUGAUUUAGAAGAUGAUGAGGAAUGUCCAGUUGAUGAUGAAGAUGAAGACGAUCUAGAGAACAAUGAUAUGAUAGUUGGGGAAGAAUUGUUAAAGAAUGAAUUUGCUUUAGACAGUGAGUAAGCAGAGUAACAAAGAUAGUUGAUGGAAUCAAUCAUGCAAAAAGAACUAUAGUAGAGAAGUGCAUAUUAAGAAUAAUUAAGAGAGUCUUAGUUGGAAAAAAUGCCCGUUGGAUGUAAUUACAUACAUAACAUUAUCAAUAGAAGGACCAUUCAUAGCUGACAGUCUACUUCCAAAUGUGAAUUUUAACAACAAAAUUUCUAAUGGAAAUCCAAAGAAUCCUCAAUAGUCAGCAUAAGCCUUUGCCUCUAGACCAAAGAUUCCCAGAACUCCUCCGGUUUAAUAAAAUUACCAGCACUGA